AUGGGAGAAAUCACUUCUUUUGCUGUACCUGAUGAUUUUGACCUUACCAAUCAAAAAGGUUUUAAAAGUAAUUCUUGGUUUACGCCUGCUCAUAUGAAUUCACAAAAAGGCAUCCGACGUGUAGCUUCCGCUCCUAAUGCAAAUAAACUAUUAUUCAAACAACAACAAUAUCCUCCUCCACCACCUACACCUACAUUUAGACGUACUUAUUCUUCAGCAAGUAUCAAAGUGAAACAAGUACAAGUUGGCCCAUCAAGUUUUGUCAAAAUUCGAAUGCUUGGAAAAGGUGAUGUUGGCAAAGUAUAUAUGGUGAAACAAAAGAAUACAGAUAAAUUAUUUGCUAUGAAAGUUCUUUCGAAACGGGAAAUGAUCAAACGAAACAAAGUCAAACGAGCAUUAGCUGAACAAGAAAUCUUGGCUACUUCCAAUCAUCCUUUUAUUGUAACCUUAUAUCAUUCAUUUCAAAGUCAAGAUUAUCUUUAUUUUGUUAUGGAAUAUUGUAUGGGUGGUGAAUUCUUUAGAGCCUUACAACUACGACCUGGAAAAUGCCUGAAUGAAGAAGGGGCACAAUUCUAUGCAGCUGAAGUGAUUGCAGCUUUGGAAUAUCUUCAUCUACAUGGUUUCAUUUAUCGUGAUCUCAAACCUGAAAAUAUUCUAUUACAUCAAAGUGGUCAUAUCAUGUUGACUGAUUUUGAUCUAAGCAAGGGAUCUUCUCCUCCUGGCAAUCCUGGUGUGGUCAAGUCAACCUCUCCGAAUUUACCUCCUUCCAUUGAUACCAAAUGUUGCGUGAAUAAUUUACGAACCAAUAGUUUUGUUGGAACAGAAGAAUAUAUUGCUCCAGAAGUCAUCAAAGGAUGUGGUCAUACAAGUUCGGUAGAUUGGUGGACAUUAGGAAUCUUGAUUUAUGAAAUGCUGUACGGCACAACGCCUUUCAAAGGUGCCAACCGAAGUGAAACCUUUAGUCGUGUAUUACAUUGUGAUGCCAUGUUUAGUCAUCAACCAGCUCCUUAUCAACAACAUACACCAUCAUCAGCAUGUAAAGGCUUGAUUCGACGAUUAUUACACAAGGAUGAAGGACGACGAUUAGGGUCUCGUGCAGGGGCUUCAGAUAUCAAGGCUCAUCCUUUCUUCAAAUCUGUGAACUUUGCUCUUUUACGCCACGAAACUCCUCCUAUUGUUCCCAUGAUUCAAAUGCCUAACGGGAUCGACGCUAUCAACUUCCGAAAAAUGCCUCCAGAAAGCAUCAGUUUGGAUUUGGAAACUGACAACACAAAUAACUCGACUGUUUUGACCACUACCCUGGGUAAAUCAUCUAGUAAAGAUAUUGGCUCCACUGUGUCAACUAUUUCAACUACCACCAAUCCAUUUGAAAAGUUCAGUUCUAUGACACUAUAUCAUGAAGGUGACUCUGAUUCCGAAUUUGAUCAAAUUUGAAUUAUCCUAUUUUAUUCUUGUAGUUCUCUUUUAGAUAUUAUUAUUAUUAUUAUUACUAUUAUUAUUAUUAUU